AAUGCAAAAGCGAAAAGACAGCAACUCGUUAAUACUCACAGUGAUGAAAGUUCAAGUCGCGCGCUGGCUCCCUCUGAUAUUUUUCCUGCUCGUCAGUGGGACACCACGUGUCGCUGGCAGCUGGCGGAGCGAAAAUUCCCGGCAGGAUCCGGACCCGAAAACACGGUGGGGCAAUCAGUUGCCGGAUAUGCUAGUCGCUUACUAUCGCCACCACGGCGUUCACAGCCUGAUGCUGGUCGUUUGUCACACGGACAUUGCAGAUUUUCGCCUUUGGACGCUUUGGCAGCACUUCAACCUCAACAAUUUCUAUGUGCAGGUCAGUACGGAGACCUCUCUGAGGGACCUGCAGCAUGUCGAUGCCCUGGAUGAACAUAAGGACGCUCCACCGCCCAAGAGUUUCCGCGCCAACAACUCCACCCACUGGGAGACGUCCUUCCUGCUGCCCACGUUGCCCUACAAAGUGGGUAUCCUGCUGCUGGAGUUCAGCAGCGAGUGCGCAUUAAAUCUACUCCGCUGGUCUGCGGCAUCGGAACAUAAUUACUUCACUACCAACCGGUUCUGGUUGCUCUUGACCGAUGAGCCAGGCGAUAUCGAUUUACUAGAGGAUCCGGAAAUAUUUAUUCCCCCCGACAGUGAGUUGCGGGUCCUUCACUGUGAAAACGAUGGCAACUUCUCUUCCAGCUUGAUCGAUCUGUACAAGGUAGCUGCUUGGAAGCCCUUGAAGAAAACAUUGGUGGGACAUAGCAUUCGAAAUUCCCGCCACGUCAUUCAUGCCUUGCAGCACUUUGGUUCGGCCAUAUCUUAUAGGCAGGAUCUAGAGGGCAUAGUAUUCAACUCGGCCAUUGUAAUUGCCUUUCCGGAUCUAUUCACUAAUAUUGAAGAUUUGUCACUAAGGCAUAUUGACACUAUAUCGAAGAUUAAUCAUCGCUUGAUGCUGGAGUUGGCCAACAGAUUGAAUAUGAGCUACAAUACCUAUCAAACCGUGAACUAUGGAUGGCGACAACCGAAUGGAUCAUUCGAUGGUCUCAUGGGACGUUUUCAACGGUACGAACUAGACUUGGCCCAGCUGGCGAUCUUCAUGAGAUUGGAUCGAAUCGCAUUGGUCGAUUUUGUGGCUGAGACUUAUCGAGUGAGAGCUGGGAUUAUGUUUCGACAGCCACCUCUUUCGGCUGUGGCCAAUAUAUUUGCAAUGCCCUUUGAGAACGAUGUGUGGGUUUCGAUUUUGAUGCUCCUGAUCAUCACGACCGUGGUUUUGGUUCUGGAACUGUUCUUUUCACCCCACAACCACGACAUGUCCUACAUGGAUACACUUAAUUUUGUUUGGGGUGCCAUGUGCCAGCAGGGAUUCUACGUGGAGGUGCGGAACCGAUCGGCGAGGAUCAUUGUCUUUACCACAUUUGUUGCAGCUCUCUUUUUGUUUACCUCGUUUUCGGCUAAUAUUGUGGCUCUGCUGCAAAGUCCAUCGGAUGCUAUCCAGUCAUUGUCUGAUCUGGGACAAUCGCCUCUGGAAAUCGGGGUUCAGGAUACUCAAUAUAAUAAAAUAUACUUCACUGAGUCCACAGAUCCCGUAACCAAGAAUCUUUACCACAAGAAGAUAGCCUCCAAAGGUGAAAAUAUCUAUAUGCGACCGUUACUAGGAAUGGAAAAAAUGCGAACCGGCUUAUUUGCAUAUCAAGUUGAACUCCAGGCAGGUUACCAAAUCGUCAGCGACACUUUCAGUGAGCCGGAAAAGUGCGGAUUAAUGGAACUGGAGCCAUUCCAGCUGCCCAUGCUUGCUAUUCCAACGAGGAAAAACUUUCCUUACAAGGAGCUCAUUCGAAGACAAUUACGCUGGCAGCGAGAAGUGAGCUUGGUGAAUCGCGAGGAGCGGAAGUGGAUUCCUCAGAAGCCCAAAUGCGAGGGUGGAGUAGGCGGCUUUGUCUCCAUAGGCAUUACAGAAUGCCGGUACGCUUUGGGGAUCUUUGGAUGUGGAGCUGCCGUCAGUUUUGGCUUGUUCCUUUUAGAGUUUAUCUUUAAAUACUUCAAACAAGUUUAUCGCAUAAUUAAAGGUUAUAGAGAAAUGCAGCGCUAGGCUGCACACGUUUAA